AUGAACAUAAAUUCUGAAAUCUUACCAGUCAAUCAAAACUGGCAGAGAACAGUUGUUGAAGACUAUAAUGUGACAUUUGACAGUGGUGUGUCGAUUGGGGAUAAAAUUGACGAUGAUGGCAAAUUAAAUGACCAUUUUAAUGGCAAAAAUGGUAUCGAAUUGAUUUGCAGUACUAAUGAAACAGUAUCAGUCUGUGAUAUAAAUAUCAGUAAAUUUGUCUGUGAUACAAAUGUUAGUGAAUCUGUCUGUGAUGCAAAUUUUGGUGUGUCAGUGAGCAACACAAUUGCAAAUCAAAAUAAUGAUGCUUCUAACGCUAACUACUGUGACAACAAUCUGAACGAGAUAUUGGGUCCGGAGUUCUUCAUUGGUAUGGGGACUGUUUUGACGCAAAGCAUUAAAAACAGUUUCAACUCGGCAAAGAACAAGGAUCUACCAGAUAGUGACAUCAUCAUGGACAAUGUUAAUGCAAAUUUGAUGGACGAAUCAUUCAUAGUACAGGAGUAUCUCCAAGAAGAAGAAAUUCACGAGGAGUGCAUAUCUACUGAGCCCACUGUUGAUGGUCCGACCAAUGAAAGUGAAGAGGACUUUGAGGCAGAAACAGCUGUUGAAGACAGACAGCCGCUGAGCUAUGAGCUCCAACAAGGCUAUAGAAUUUUGAGGGAGUUAAUGAGUGAUUCAAACAAACUUCACAAUCGACCUUUCAUGGAUGCGGUUGACUCGAAUCUUAUUGGCUGCCAGGAUUAUUAUGAUAGAAUCCGGAGGCCUAUGUGGUUUAGAAAGAUGGAGGAGAAGUUUGAUAGGUACCAGUACGACGACAUAACUCAAGUCAUAGCUGACUUUCGACUGAUCAUCGAAAACUGCAUCAUGUUCAAUGGUAUUAACCAUUCAAUCAGCAAGAAGGCCUUAAAACUUGACAUAAUUCUUGGUCAGAAGAUUGCUCUGUUAUCCAGAGAGUUGAAAGACAAGAUAAAUGCUGCAUUAUCUUUGUCAUCCUCCUCGCCUUACAUUCCAAGUUUCCUCAAACGACAAGGUGUGACAUCGACAAAAUUGGCAAUGUCGCAUCUUUCAAACGUCAUUCGACCGCUCAGUAAGAAGGAGGCGAAUAGGAUUAGGGUGCUGGAAAGGCGGGCAAAGCGGGAGGAAUUUCUAAAAAGUUUGGUGGUUUGGGAUGAAAAUCUCUUCGAUGAGGUGACCAGAGCUCAGAUGAAAGCUAUGUGGGAGCUUGUAGAAAUUGGUCAUUUCUUAAACUUGUUCUUGCGAGCUUUGAACCUGGAAGUUCCCAGCCAGUAUGAAGUUGAGAGGUGCUUCAUACUGUCGAAGGAAAGUUCAGUCAUGCAGAGGAUAAUGACGGCACUGUUGGGCUCUGCCUGCCAAAGAUCAAAAUUACAAUCCAAAAUUUACAUGCCAUCCCAUGUGUGGGAAGGAAAAUUGAAAGAAAUAUUGGAAAAUUGGUACAAGGCUUUCCAUGAUAACAAGUGCAAUCCAACGACCGAGACGCCUGAGAAUUUUGCAAUAGACCAGCAGUUCUUUAAAGUGAUGGGUACGACCAACCCAUUAUCUAAAUGUGGAUUUCACGAUCUGACAUAUUACCAGAAAGUUUGGAUAGUGAAGUCUUUGUGUGAUUACACCUUCUAUAACAUAAAGAAGGAGAGAAGAAGAGGUAGAAAAAAGAACCUUUCCAAGAGCAAAUUGAGAACAUCGAACCACCGUUAUCGCCACGACAACAGCAAAGACAAUAGUACCUCAGAAAUUGGACGAUGUAGAGAUAGCAGGCUAAGACAGAAUCCAAAACAAGUAAAGUGCUACCAGGCUGACCUGUUAGAAUCCAGCUCCGCCAAUGAAGAUAGUGAAUACGAUUACAAUCACGAUGACACUGAGGUAAUGGAUGACGAAGAUGAUGGUGACGUCGUUAAUAAUAAUGAGGAGGAAGAGGAAGUAGAGAAGGAGGAUGCUGAGGAUGAUGGCGAGGGCGAUGGUCGUCGAAAAAGAAGCAAGCAGUGUAUAAAGUCUUGUAACAAAACUCAAAAUAAAAAACGCGCUACAAAAAGAAAACCUAGCAGUGAUGAUACCGAUGAUGACGACGAUGAUGAUGAUAAGGACAGUAGUAGUAAUGAUGAUGAUGAUGAUGGUGGUGGUGGUGGUAAUGCUCCGUCAAAAACUAAGUGUAAAAAAUUAACAUCAUCAUCAGCGUCAUCUUCAAAAAUUUCAUCUAUUUCCAAUUGUAAAAGGAAGUCAUCCUGUAAAAAGUGCAUCACGUAUGAAGAUGAGGAUGAUGGCGACAAGGCUGACAAAAAUGAUGAUGAUGAUGAUGAGACCGAGAACGAAACCAGAGUCAGUAAUAAAAAGAAAAAGAAUAAAACAAGCGAUGACGACGACGAUGACGACAACGUCAGUUUAGCUACUUCAACUACUACUGCCACCACCAACCACAAUAGCGACAACAACGGCAGCAACCAGCUAAGCUGGACCCCUGCUACUAUUCCGAGAAGGUCACUCAGAAAGGUCAUCGAAGAGUCGAAGAAAUGUGCUGCCCCUGUAAAUAGGUCAAAGGUCACGCGACCCAGUUCUAGCAACAACAAGAACAACAAUAAUAAAAACAAUAUGGGAAAUAAUAACGCUAUUAGAAAUAUUACUAAUUGCAUACUGGAUGGGGAUCAGGUUUUGAACAUUAGUCGCGUUAGUGGCAGAAUCCUGAGGGCCACUAAUAACAAAUCUACCCCUAAACCUAAUUCCGCUCUUAAUAGUAGGAGGAAUAAUAAGAAUAAUAUUAAUAAGAAUAAUAAUAAUAAUGAUGAUGAUGAUGGGUGCAAUGAUGAAGAUGACAAUGAUAGUGUAGCAAAUAGUGGCCAUAAAAGGAAACGAGGUAGAAAAUGUAAAAAUAAUAAUAAUAAUAAUAACGGUGAUGACUGUAAUAAUGGGGAUAAUGCUAGUAAUACUAAGAACAAUAAUAACAAUGAUGAUGAUAGUUGUGAUGGGAUUGUUGCUGAUGUGGGUGAUGACAAAGCUGCAAGGUCUUGUGCAGAGUCAGUUGAGGCGGGGACAAUAGAAGCUACCCCUCCAUCAUCAUCAUCAUCUUCUUCGUCGUCGUCAUCAUCGUCGUCAUCAUCGUCACUGAUGUCAUCAUCAACAACAACAUUAUCAGUAGCGUCGUCAUCGUCGCCAUACUUGCUAACAUCCGUGUCAGUGCCUUCACAAUCUGAACCAUGCAAACUUCUACAAAAUGAUGGGAUCGUCGAUCACAUUAACUGUAUGAAUGGCGAUAGUUUUAAUAAUAAUAACGGUGGUGAUAAUAAGACGAGUGACAAGAAUGAUGAUGACGAUAAAGGGGCCUUUGGUGAUAUGUAUGUUGAUGAUCGUAAAAAUGAUGAAAGAAUGAGUAAACCCUCAUCAUCACCAGCGUCUUCAUCAGAAAAACAGAAUGAUGUGGGGCUUAAUGAUUUAGUUAAGAAAGAAACUCUUACUGAAGAACAUAAGGCGGGCAGUAGUGAUGAUAAUAGUGAUGAUAUGCCUACUUUGUCUUUCAACGAAGCAGAUGACUCUUGUAAAUAUAACCAGCAUAAUAUAGAACCAUUCCUCGCCAAGUCUCCAAAGACAGAGUAUGUAGAAAACAUCAACAAUGAUGAAGGUCCUAAUUAUAAAGAAUUUCAAUUGGUGGCCGACAAUAUAGAUGAAGUGAAGCAAUUAGCUGUCCAGUUUAAGUCGAAGGACGAUCUCAAUAAUGAAGGAGAGUCGAGCACGUGUGUCGAUGACAACAGCGAUGGUGCCUCUGCCGAUGACAAGCCCAAGGCAGUAGUGACAACUCCUAAGACAACAACUGCCACGCCAUUGAAGAGAAAUACAGAGAGGAAGUUGUACAAAAACAUUGUAAACCUCUUGAAACAUUUCGAGCCCUUUGAACAACAGCUUGCUAAGAAUCUCAAAGAAAAGCGGUUGGAAAUGUGGACCGAUCAGAAAAAUUAUAAAGAAACGCCAAUCCCUGGGCCACCGAAUGACGAAGGCUGGGUCGAGAGCACAGAGGCAUCUUCCAGAGCAUCACCUUCAGCCGCCAAUUCACCAGUGGGUGGUGAGGUGCUAGACGCGGCGACAACCGCCACAAAUAUUGUUAAAAAAUCAAAAAAUGAAACAGCAGCCACUCCUGAUGUCAUUACUAAGGAAGAUAAAAAUGGCUUCAAGCACAUCUCAUUAGAAACUAUUGCAAAUGCAAAGGCUCUUGAGAAGAAAAAACGAAAAAACAUUGAUCCAGAGAAUAAUGAUGAUGUUGCUGGUUUUUCCAGUGCUGAUUUGAAUAUGGCACUGCUGUUGAGUCAGGGUAGAGUUCUAAGGAAAAGAACUCCUACAACAGCACAGCAGAAGCAACAACAACAACUGCAAAACAAAGCUGGACUCUUGCUGAAGAGAUCAAAGAGAUUAAUGUCUAAAGCUCAUCAAUCUAAGAAUUUUGAGUAUAAUUGCGAUGAUUUGGAUAGAUUGAAUGAUUCGUACUUACAGCCAGCAACCAGUGUCUCAGAAAUUGUUGUAACAACGGCUGCUGCAAGUUCUGAAAGUUUCAAUGACUUUAGUCUUUGUGAUGAUUCACCAUAUUCAACAUAUAUAUCACCAUCCAUGAAUGAUUUGCAAGUAAAUGCAUCGUUUGUCCCUCCAAAUACUUUGACUAUGACAAAUUUGAGUCAAACAUCGUCUAAUGUGGCCGAUCAACACACCUCUUAUUUUCCAAGCCAACCAAUGGCAGAUCAGAUUACAAAUCAAACUACAACUAAACAGAAGAGAGUUUAUAAAAAAUCGGUAAGAGCAACUGCCAAACGAAAUUCAAAUGUUCCUUCAACUUCUCACGGAGUUUUGCAAUCUGGACCAGAACAUAGUAAUAUGAUUGGAGGAGGAGAUGGAUUGAGUUGUGGCAAUACUGAGGCAAAAAACAAAAAAAGUUUCAGCCUCCCUAGGUCUAAUGUUGUUUCUGUUAGCUUCGAUGGUGAUGCUUCGAUGUUGAGCAACUUUCAAGUAGGCGGGACCUUGUUGACCCAACAACAACAACAACAACAAAUGAUUUUGUUGCAGAAAUCUAGUGCAGUUGUGGACAGUUCUCAGCAAAUACAAACAUUUUUGCCAAAACAUUAUUUGCAACAAAUUCAACAACAGCAACAACAGAUUCAAAAACAACAACAGGUUCAACAACAGCAAAGCCCUCGAAAGCAACAGCUUAAUGUGGCAAACUACAUAGCCAAUCCCUGCAGCCAAACACUACAGCAGGCAAACACCAUCAAUGCUUUCAGCAUCAUUCCCAACAACUCACAACACUUGAACGAUUGGUUGAGAAUGUCAAUGUCAUUGAACCAAUCUCAAAGACAACAACUACAACAACUACUACAGCAGCAGCAACAACAACAGCAGCAGCAGCAGCAACCAUUCCUAAUCACAUCCUACAAACUAGCCACCACAGAUGCACCAAUGCAACAACUCAACAUUGUGACUGACGUUUCCAAUCUUCAAUCUUCUAACUCAGAUAAUGUUGCUCAACAAAACAGCAGCAACCUUUUCAACAUGAAUGCCAUUCAAUCUAAUGUUAAACAUUCUGGCCCCAACCACAGUAACAUUCAACUGUCAAAUUUUAUUUUAGUCAGCCAUGAUAGUGCCAACAUCAGCAGCAACAACAACUUCCAACAGAACCUCAACAUCAAUCGGACAGCAAAAAACACAAGGAUUAUUGAUAGUAACAACAACAGUUCUAAUGUUGCCAUCUUGCAGCCACAACAACAACAAGGACAUUCAACAACAACACUAUUACCAACAAACUUCAUCAUACCAAACAACAAAGCCGUCAUUCCAUUACCAGAUCACAUGAACCAGCAACAACUAACUACUGCUACAACAGCUACUGCUACUACCACAACUGUUAAUAGUACUACUGCCGCUGCUGCUGCUUCACCCUUUAUGCCGAGAAAUGGGACAUUCGUUCCAAAUCAGCUAGUAAGGUUAGUAGGAACAGCUCUCUCUGACAUCAACAUUCUCACAAGGCCUACUCCACUCAUUGUUCAACCACUCAACUUCCAACAAGUCAAACAACAACCUCGACUUGCUGGCCAACUUGCUCAGAAAGUACGACAACAACAAGCAAUUCAAAAGCAGCAGCAACAACAACAGCAACAAGUGCAUCAAAAGCAGUUACAGCAGCUUCAGCAGCCACAACAGAUAGUUCUACAACAACCACAACAGAUGCAACCACCGCAGACACUAAUACAAACAAAUUCACAACAACAAAUUCGUCUGCAACUGCAACAACUACUACAACAGCAAACUUUGCAGUUGCAGCAAUCACAGCUUCAGAAUUUACGACAACAAAGUCUGGUGCAACAGAUACAAUUCGAACAACCACAGCAACAACAACAGAUACAACCACAACAUCAACAACUGUUGCAACAGCAACAGCAGAUACAAACACAACAUCAACAGAUACAACCACAACAGAUACAACAGCAACAGAUACAACCACAACAACAACAGAUACAACUACAGCAACAACAGUUGCAACCACAACAGAGAACUGGGCAACCACUUAAAUUAUUAAUUGCAAAACCAGGCCCAUCAAACAGCACUGUGCAGAUUUUUCAACCGAGCCAAGGCCAAAGUAUUGCCAGCCUGUUGAGCCCAAAUGCUCCUCAACAAAAACCAACCCCCAAAGUCAACAACAUUCUCAACGUAAGAUUUGGUAAGCCUGCAUUAGCAGCGCCAACAACAACAACACAAAAAACGACAACAUAUGUUAGAACUCCUGUCACGACGAAAACUUCGAUGGUUUUGAAGCAGCACAUCAAUGCUAAAAACUCAUUAACAUCAUCACAGCCAUCUUCAUCGUCAACAUUACCAUCAUCUUCGCCGUCGUCCUUAUCUUUGAGACCCGCCACGGCCAACAAACCCGUAAUGAUGGUGAACAACAGCAGCAACAAACAACAGCCCAGCCAGGUAGAAUUAGCUUCACUAGUUCCAAAGUUAAAAGCUGCUAGAAUGCCUUUUCUUUCUGCCUCAGGCCUGCCUGUUGCCGUGGCGUCGGCCAGCAACGGCAGCGGUAUCAGCAACUGUCUAAAGUCGAAUGAACCUUUCAAUUUAGGCUCACUCUUGAGAUCUGAUAAGAACUUUUCGUUGCCGUCGUUGUUGUCAUCGUCAUCGUUGUUGGUGACUACUACUUCAUCACCACCAUUGGCCUUACGUUCAUUUUCGUUGUUGUCAUCAUCCUCAAUUACGUCAUCAUCAUCUUCUUCAUCACCAUCAUUACCUUCGUAUCGUUCUGUUCAAUUUUUGUCUCAAGGCCUUGUUCCGAUUCCUGCAAAUAAUCUGCAUACUCCAUCAUCAUUUCCAAUUACAUCAUUUUCAUCUCCAUCAUCGUCAUCGCCAUCAGGAUUUUUCCAGUUGAGCAUGUCAACAUCACCAAUGAGUCCUUCAUCAUACUUUACGUCUAUUCCAUCAUCAUCAUCAUCAUCCGUUUCAUCAUCAACACCGCCAUCAUCAUUACCUCAAACAUCACAGACGAUGAUGCUUACUUCGUCACUGCACAUCCCUCCGAAUGAUGACAUCAUUUCAUCACCAUUGUUAGCAGCGCCGUCAUUCUCUGCGGGAAUUUCAAAUUUUUUGAGUGUCAGUAAUAAAAAUAACAUCAACAACAAUAACGAUGACGACGACAACAACAGUAACAACGACAACAACAGCUCAAUAAACGCUGCUAAAGACGCCACCGCUAAUACGAAUUACGGACAAAUUACAUCAGAACUCGAGUAG